GGUUCCUCUUCCUCGCUCAAGAUGGCGCUGCUCGCGAUACAUUCCUGGCGCUGGGCAGCUGCGGCGGUUGCUUUCGAAAAGCGCCGGCACGCCGUGAUUCUGAUUCGGCCUCUAGUCUCUUUCCGGGGCCCAGGUCCGAAGUGGAGGUCACAUCAGCUCCGCGGCUCGGGAACUGCUGGGAUCUCUCAGAUCUCAGAGUUAUUAAGACAUACUACAUGGCAGAGACUAGGAAAAGACUAUUCAAGAGAGUUAUUAGAUGCUACAAGGGCUCUCCAGACAUGGCCACUGAUAGAAAAGAGGACAUGUUGGCAUGGUCAUGCAGGAGGAGGACUCCACACAGACCCGAAAGAAGGGUUAAAAGAUGUUGAUACUCGGAAAAUCAUUAAAGCAAUGCUCUCUUAUGUAUGGCCCAAAGACAGACCAGAUCUACGAGCUAGAGUUGCCAUUUCCUUGGGAUUUUUAGGUGGAGCAAAGGCCAUGAAUAUUGUGGUUCCCUUCAUGUUUAAAUAUGCUGUAGACAGCCUCAACCAGAUGUCGGGAAACAUGCUGAACCUGAGUGAUGCACCAAAUACAGUUGCAACCAUGGCAACAGCAGUUCUGAUUGGCUAUGGUGUAUCAAGAGCAGGAGCUGCCUUUUUUAAUGAAGUUCGAAAUGCAGUAUUUGGCAAGGUAGCCCAAAAUUCAAUCAGAAGAAUCGCCAAAAAUGUCUUUCUGCAUCUUCACAACCUGGAUCUGGCUUUCCACCUGAGCAGACAGACAGGAGCUUUAUCAAAGGCUAUUGACAGAGGGACAAGGGGUAUCAGUUUUGUCCUGAGUGCUUUAGUAUUUAAUCUUCUUCCCAUCAUGUUUGAGGUGACUCUUGUCAGUGGUGUUUUGUAUUAUAGAUGUGGUGCCCAGUUUGCAUUGGUGACCCUUGGAACACUUGGUGCAUACACAGCAUUCACAGUUGCCAUCACACAGUGGAGAACUAAAUUUAGGAUAGAAAUGAACAAAGCAGAUAAUGAUGCAGGCAAUGCUGCCAUAGACUCGCUGCUGAAUUAUGAAACUGUGAAGUAUUUUAAUAAUGAAAAUUAUGAAGCACAAAGAUAUGAUGGAUUUUUGAAGACAUAUGAAGCUGCUUCAUUAAAAAGUACCUCUACUCUGGCUAUGCUGAACUUUGGUCAAAGUGCUAUUUUCAGUGUUGGCUUAACAGCCAUAAUGGUGCUCGCCAGUCAGGGAAUUGUGGCAGGUACCCUUACUGUUGGAGAUUUAGUAAUGGUGAAUGGACUGCUUUUUCAGCUUUCAUUACCUCUUAACUUUCUGGGAACUGUAUACAGAGAGACUAGACAAGCACUUAUAGAUAUGAACACCUUGUUUACUCUACUCAAGGUAGACACCCGAAUUAAAGACAAAGCGAUGGCAUCUCCCCUUCAGAUCACACCACAGACAGCUACGGUGGCCUUUGAUAAUGUGCAUUUUGAAUACAUUGAGGGGCAGAAAGUCCUUAAUGGAAUAUCUUUUGAAGUCCCUGCAGGAAAGAAAGUUGCCAUUGUAGGAGGUAGUGGGUCAGGGAAAAGCACAAUAGUGAGGCUAUUAUUUCGCUUCUAUGAGCCUCAAAAGGGUAACAUUUACCUUGCUGGUCAAAAUAUACAAGAUGUGAGCCUGGAAAGCCUUCGGAGGGCAGUGGGAGUGGUACCUCAGGAUGCUGUCCUCUUCCAUAAUACCAUUUACUACAACCUCUUAUAUGGAAACAUCAGUGCUUCACCUGAGGAAGUAUAUGCAGUGGCAAAAUUAGCUGGACUCCAUGAUGCAAUUCUUCGAAUGCCACAUGGAUAUGACACCCAAGUAGGGGAACGAGGACUCAAGCUUUCAGGAGGAGAAAAGCAAAGAGUAGCAAUUGCAAGAGCCAUUUUGAAGAACCCCCCAGUCAUUCUCUAUGAUGAAGCUACUUCAUCAUUAGAUUCAAUUACUGAAGAGACUAUUCUUGGUGCCAUGAGGGAUGCAGUGAAACAUAGAACUUCUAUUUUCAUUGCACAUAGAUUGUCAACAGUGGUUGAUGCAGAUGAAAUUAUUGUCUUGAACCAGGGUAAGGUAGCUGAACGUGGUACCCACCAUGAUUUGCUUGCUAACCCUAGCAGUAUCUAUUCAGAAAUGUGGCAUACACAGAGCAGCCGUGUGCAGAACCAUGAUAACCCCAAAUGGGAUGCAAAGAAAGAAAAUGUGUCCAAAGAGGAAGAAAGGAAGAGACUACAAGAAGAAAUUGUCAACAGUGUCAAAGGCUGUGGAAACUGUUCCUGCUAAAUCACAUGAAACAUUUUCUUUUCUUCCUUUCUUCCUUCGUCCUUCCCUUACUUACUCACCCCCUCCCUCUCUCCUUUCUUUCCUUCCUUCCUUCCUCUUUUUACCUUGACUACACAUUUGCACUGAAGCAGAAUUGUUUUAUUAAAAAAAAAAUCAGACAUUCCCAUUUUCUAUAGUCCUUCUUUUAGAUAAGAUUUAUUUGAAAAGGGAAUUGAGUUUUAUAUCUUUCACAAUCUAUUUGAUGUGGCAUCUAUAUUUAUCUCCUAAUUUUUUUGUUGUUACUGCCUUAGUUGUGGUCAAAGCAUAAUUGUUGUUACUACUUGACUUUACCCCAUUUCCGUUUUGAGGCCUGACAGUCAUUUGAUAUCCAUAACCAGUAAAUCAGAUUGGCUUCCUAAAUUUGUGUAGUUUUUCAAACCUCCUUUAUGCUGACAAUUUAGAUGAAAAGUAUCUAUUUCUUUUUUAAAAAAUGUAGAUUUUCUUUCUCCAUUGAAAUACUUGAAUGAUAGAUAACAAUGCUUAAAUUUUUAGAAAUAUUUGCCGCCAUAUAUCUUUAAGAGGAAAAACCUUGAUUCUCAUGUUGGUAUAUAGAAUCUUCAUCAUUAACCAGCAUUGUAACUGUCAUGUAGUGCUGGGAAUUUUAUUUUUCCACCAAAUGAGAUGUAGCUUCUGUUUUGGACAAAAAUUCAUAAUUUGUCUUUAAAAACUCGCAAACCUUGAUAUAAUUUGAGACUUACUAUACUGGGAGUGAUCUAAAAAGCUUAGGAUGUUAAUUGGGUUUUCUGUUUCCAUCUUAAAUGUACUGCUUUUGCUAUCUGAAGUUAUACAAAGAAACAACUGAAUGGGAUGUGUGCACACACACACACGUAUAAAGCAAAAUCUAUUUAACAAUUAUUAAUAACCUUUAGACAAAUAGGAGAUGAUUACAAAAAUAUUUAGAUGAUCAAGCUUCUAAUCUGUGUUGAUACUUCAGAAUUACUUUAUUACCAGAUCUUCCCUUCCUUUUUCAGUAGUGUAAUGAGUUUAAGCUUGAAAUAACAAGGAGGAGCCCAAGCAAGAUAAUUAAGUUUUACUGGCUAGAAAUAAUUAAUAAAAUGUUGGUAUGUAUUCACUUAGAAAGUUCCUUUCCUUUUCCAACUUGAAUUUGCUUUAAUUUGUUUGGUAGUAAUCAUUCAGCUUGAAAAACUUGUGUAUCUCAUGAACAGCCGCAUAACUGUAUAUAAUGAGGCUUUAUUUCUCAGAAAAGGUGUUAUUUAUUUCAUUGGUCUGUGGUUUUAUUGUAUUUUAAAUGAUAAUUUGGUAUGAAAGAGACUAAUUUUUUUCCAAUUUAUAUUGUUGUCAUUUAGAUAUCUAAGCUUAUCUAAGUCUAGUCUCCAGUUUUGUUAUAUAAAAGUGAUUAGAUAAGUAGCUUGAAGCUAGUAUUUUAUGGUUAGUCUUUGAUAUUAGAGCAAGUGGUAGGAUCUUGCUUUUGGAGUUGAAAUUAACACUGAGAUGCUUAAUCAGCUGCAAUAUGAGGGGAGGUUUGGGACAUUUCUUACUCUAAAACCACAGAUGUGAUUGCUUUUCUGGGGAACAACAACCAAAAAAAACCAUGUCCUUUGACUAACCCAGCUGCAUUACUAGAAAUAAUGGUUAGUCUAGAUAGAAAUUUUGCUUCUGUUAAUUCCUUCUGUACAUUUUUAAUGUUGCUGAUAGAAAAUAUUUCACUUUGUUGCAUAAUCAAGCAGGUAAAAUUGAAAUAAUCAUUAGUAAUAUUCAUUUUGAAUGUGAAUAGUGGUAUUCAAAGUAAGUCGUUCUGUGAUAUGGGAAACAUAUAGUCAAAGAAGGACAGGAAUGUUUUUAGGGUGGGGAUAAUUUCCCCACUAAGAAAUUUGAAAGUACUUUUAUAUGAUUGGAGGUGGUCUCUAGACCAUUGGGUCACUGUGGUCAUUAACCAGUAUUUUCAGCUAAUAAAAACUUAAAUUACCUGAAAAACACAGUUACUAUAGGGGCUACAACUAAGUCUUAACUCCAACUUGUUAAGGUGGUUCUAUACACUGAUAUAAUAGACAAAUUAAAAUGAAAGAAAAGUUUCCUAGGAUGAUUCACUCAGAGGAAGUUCCAAGAAAAGGACAUUAUCAUAAUGUGCAAUUUUACAUUAAGAUAUUCCACACAAAAGUAAGAAUUUCUAAGUUAAUGUCACAAAAUAAUAUAUUUUUUUAAUGUCUUGGGAUGAAUAAGCUACAAUUUUGGCAUAUGGGCUUUGAAAAUGGAGCAGGGGAUAGGGUUUUGUUUCUUAAUAUCCCUUAAUUUUAAGAUUGAAAAUUUUACUUUCUUCCUAAGGGAAUCCCAGUUUACAAAGAUUACAUUGAAACCAAGGUAAUUUGGGAUCAUAAAAACUGGGCCAGAUGCCUUGCUUUAACAGAGAAAUAUUUUGGUGAGGAGAUGGGCUCCUUUGGAAAUUUUUGAACAACUCAAGUCUGAUGGUCACUUGUGAGAAUCAGAAAGAGGCCUUAGCAUUUGGAUAAACUCAAAAUAUGCAUUUACUUUUCCUCUGCAGGGAUUUGAACCUUUUCUAUACCUUUAGUUAAAUAUUUUGCCUUUUCCCUUAGAUGCUGACAAAGCUCAGUUUGUGAAGAUGGUUAGUUUAAAAAUAUGUUUUGCUUUUAAAGGCAAGAUAUUUAAAAUUAAUAUGAUUCCUUAUUUCUGGAUCACUUUGCACACACUGCCAUCUUGCUCCUAUCCUUUAUUGCUGGAUGUCUCAGGAAAUGCAACUUUGACCAGUAGAUACUCAUAAUUCUCUUACCUUGUAACUUCAUCAUAGGAUAUUCUGCUGUGUAUUUGUAGUUGAAAGCAUUUAAAUAUGUUUACAAAGGCAACUUUCUUAUAGAAAGGUCCCUUCUCUCCUGCUUUGAGUAUAUAGAUUUUGAAUGUAAACUGUAUAAUAAAUGACAGUAUGAAGUCAAAUCAGCUGGUUAAAAUUGGUUAAGAUAAAAUAAUGCAGAAGCUUAUUUACCACAGAUUUAUUAUUGUAACAAUCUGUGCAGAUAAGAUAAUUAGUACUAAAUAAACUAUGUCUUUGUGGCUCAAAA